GAUUUGGGAAUGCAUGAAGAGAGAGAGAAGCGAAGAUUGAGAGAGAGCCAAGUCUCCCUCCUCCAACAGGCACUCAAGUUGAACUUUCCGGAAUGCCAUUGUAUAAAAGAAAGCCGUUUGCUUUGUUGGAAAAGCCUACAGAUUUGAGUCCUAAUGAGCUGCUGUUCCAAGUCAGAUUCACAAAAGAGAUCUUCAGGGAUUAUGGUGAUUAUUUGAAGCGGAUGAAUAUGUACCAACAAAAGGUAUGGUCUUGCAAACUGUCUGGAAAGAAUUGCUUGACCUAUGAGGAAGCGCUCCUUUCAGAGAAGGAAUCUGGCAAAGAGCUGCAACUGUUUCCAAAGGAACUUCUGGCUCCUGUACUCCGAGAUGUUCAAUUCAGUAUGCUGAGCUUAAACGAUCUUGUCAAUGCAAUUGCUAUGAAGCUUCAAGGCCGUCUGUGUGUGGGUUCCAAUUUGUAUGGGAUGAAAAAUAGCUGUAUAUAUAAUUGCAGGAUUCUAAAAGUUGUAGAAGAGGAUGGGAAAACACAAUAUGAAGUUGAAUGGAUGGACAAAUAUGAUGACAUAUCUGAAAGUACAUACGUAAGUGAACAAGACUUGAUAAGAAAGAAGCUGCCUUAUAUUAGAGGUGUUCUCAAGGUUUUAGUCAGAGAGUCUACAUAUCACAGCAUUCCAUGGGUCUUGCAUGAUAAAUUGGCAGAUGAGCAUAGGAUUCCUACUCACCCUCCUGCAGAGUUAGAAAAUAAAAUAUCUGUGAAGGAUGGACUGGUUGUUGUAAGUAAGAAGAGGAAGAAUGGUGAAUGCAUACAAACUGAUGGGGACAUGGAAAAUCAUUAUCCCUUGACAAACGGGGAGAGUGUUGAUGAUGAAAACAGAAAGCUGGAUAUGGUGUCUCUUAGAUAUCCAAUCGAUGAUUUACUAGUAAAGCCUUCAGAAAGUGACAGACAGUUAUCUGAACGUCCUUCUCCUUCAAGGGAUUUCAAUGCCCCUAUGCAUUGUGUUGGGGAUCUUUUGAUGGUUUGGGAUUUUUGUACAUCAUUUGGCAGAUUUUUGCAAUUGUCGCCAUUUUCCCUUGAAGAUUUUGAGAAUGCUGUGUGCCAUAGUGACAGCAACGUUGUUCUCAUUGUGGAAGCUCACUCAGCCCUUCUUCGUCUCCUGAUGAAUGACCACGUGGGGUAUUUCUUCACUGUACAGAAGAAAAAGAGAAAGAACAAGAUCUCGAUGAUUACAUGGACAGAGUAUUUGUGUGACUUCUUGGAAAUGAUAGGCAUUGCUGACUUGUGUUCUCAUAUUUCUACAAUCAAACGCGGUCACUAUGGGCUUCUAGAUGUUAGCAUUAAAUUAAAGAUCCUUGGGGAACUGAUUGCACAAGCCCUCAUGUUAGGUGUUUUUAAGGAGAAGUUGGAUGAGGAUAUUGAGAAACGGUUGGCACUGUCGGCCGCACGGAGGGAUGAAGCUUUGGAAGAAGGUAGAAAUAAAAGGGAAGGAAAAGAGCGUUCUAAUACUCCAUGUGCUGAAAAUGGAGCAUGCAAGGGGCAUAUCAAUAGGGAAAAUGGAACCCUUUCUGAUGAAGGGAAUGCAAUCGAGACCCCUUUGAAUUCGAAACAUUUAUCAGAUGACAGUGAAGAGGAGCAAGCAGAUACCAUUUUCAGGGAUGCCAAGAAAAAGAAGGUAUAUGUGAAAGGCGCUGCUGAGAACGGUAAUGGUUCAUCAAGGAAGGCUGCUUUCAAGAAUGGGAUGAAGAAAAUAAUGCAAAACCAGAGUAAGGACCAAAAGCAAAGGCUAGCACACAAGAUACGGAAGAAUCAAAUAAAGGAAACACUAGAAAGCAGGAGCAAGGAGCAAAGGAAAGAGUAUCUUGACCGAGAAAUAGAAAAGAGAGUUAUGCGUACUAGUCCACUGGGGAAAGAUAGAGAAUAUAAUAGGUACUGGUUUUUCAGACGUGAAGCAAGAAUAUUUGUUGAGAGUUCUGAUUCCAUGCAGUGGGGAUAUUAUUCUUCAAAGGAGGAGCUCAAUGCUUUGAUGGGCUCACUUAAUGUGAAGGGUACAAGGGAGAGGGCUCUCAAAAAGCAACUUGAAAAGUUUUUUGAUAAAAUAACCCUAGAAAUCCAAAAGAGAUCAAAGGAAGCUACUCAGGAAAGUGGUAAAGACGAAUCUGUGCUGAGGAGGUCAUCACGGGUUCGUGCCCCACCAGGAGAAAAUCCCGCUCUUGCGUUCUUGAAGUAUGUUAACAAGUGGAAGGAAGAACAAUAUACAAAGAGAAAACCCCGAACAUUUGAUAGAACACCCAAAACUAACACUCACACGGAUCAGGAAAAGAAUUGAAGUUCCCUUUUUUCUUUCAGGGUGAUGGUUAAAAGGCAACCAUUCUUUGGUGAUGUAACCUUUUUGAACCUCCACCGCUCCACAUGUAUGGAUGGUGAUGGCAACCAAGUCGUAGCCAUCCAGUCUAGCGUGUUUUUGGUAAUAGUUCACAAUGGGGUUAUUCUUCAGUUUUGCAGAUACGGCUAAAGCUGGGUUUUCAGCUAUCAUUCAUUGCCUUUGUACAUAUUACAAUGCAGGGUGGUUUUCUUUCAGAAAAGAAAUCUGUUAUUCUGCGUAAGAAUAUACGUGCACUUAGAAUGAUUUAUUUUGGAUUACUAAAUGAUAUUUACAGGAAGAAAGCUACUUUUAUUUAAGAAGUGUAU